CCUGGCAGUUGCUCCACAGAUGCUGGGAGAGGCCAGCGGGGGUGGUGGCUGAGGGACUGGAUCAUGCCUGACAGGGAGCGGGUUCCUGAGAAGCAGAAGCCGCUGGGCUUAGGAUGAGAGAAGCAGCGCAGAUGCAAAAUCUGGAAAGCGCGGGGCCCGGGCGGUCAGUCAGCACGCAGACUGGUAGCAUGACAGGUCAGAUCCCACGGCUUUCCAAAGUCAACCUUUUCACGCUGCUCAGCCUGUGGAUGGAGCUCUUCCCGGCAGCCGAGGCCCAUGGGGAGAAGUCGCAGACGUCUCAGAAAAAUGAAGAAGAAAAGCAUGAAUCCUUGGGAGAAAACAAUGAAGACACAGCCGGGGUAUCUACUGACAAAAAACAGGUGAAGAGAACUGGCCUUGUGGUGGUGAAAAACAUGAAAAUUGUUGGUCUCCACUGUUCCAGUGAAGAUUUACAUGCUGGGCAAAUUGCUCUUAUUAAACAUGGGUCAAGGCUGAAAAAUUGUGAUCUUUAUUUUUCCAGAAAGCCAUGUUCUGCUUGUUUGAAAAUGAUUGUAAAUGCUGGAGUUAACCGAAUUUCAUAUUGGCCUGCUGAUCCAGAAAUAAGUCUGCUCACUGAGGCUUCUAGUUCUGAAGAUGCAAAGUUAGAUGCCAAAGCCGUGGAAAGAUUGAAGUCAAAUAGUCGGGCCCAUGUGUGUGUCUUACUUCAACCUUUGGUGUGUUAUAUGGUACAGUUUGUAGAGGAGACAUCUUACAAAUGUGACUUUGUUCAAAAAAUUACAAAAACAUUACCUGAUGCUAAUAUUGACUUUUAUUCUGAAUGUAAACAAGAAAGAAUAAAGGAAUAUGAAAUGUUAUUUUUGGUUUCCAAUGAAGAAAUGCAUAAGCAAAUACUGAUGACAAUAGGUUUGGAGAACCUGUGUGAAAACCCAUACUUCAGCAACCUACGGCAAAACAUGAAAGACCUGAUCCUGCUUUUGGCCACAGUGGCUUCCAGUGUGCCCAGCUUUAAACACUUUGGAUUUUAUUGUAACAGUCCAGAACAGAUUAAUGAGAUUCACAAUCAAAGUUUGCCACAAGAAAUUGCAAGGCACUGCAUGGUUCAGGCCAGAUUAUUGGCAUAUCGAACUGAGGAUCACAAAACUGGAGUUGGCGCAGUCAUUUGGGCAGAAGGGAAGUCAAGAAGUUGUGAUGGAACAGGUGCCAUGUACUUCGUAGGAUGUGGUUACAACGCUUUUCCUGUUGGAUCUGAGUAUGCUGAUUUCCCACACAUGGAUGACAAGCAGAAAGACCGAGAAAUAAGGAAAUUCAGAUAUAUCAUACAUGCAGAACAGAAUGCCUUGACAUUUAGGUGUCAAGAAAUAAAACCAGAAGAAAGAAGCAUGAUUUUUGUGACCAAGUGUCCAUGUGAUGAGUGUGUACCUUUAAUUAAAGGUGCAGGAAUAAAACAGAUCUAUGCAGGGGAUGUAGAUGUUGGAAAAAAGAAGGCAGACAUCUCUUACAUGAAGUUUGGGGAACUUGAGGGUGUUAGCAAAUUCACAUGGCAACUGGACCCAUCAGGCACCCAGGGUCUUGAACAAAAUGCAUCUGGAAGGAGAGAAAAUGGCGUGCUGAGGUCUGGCCCUCCAAGUGAAGAACAGCACCAAAGCAAGAGGCUGUGUCUGGGAAGCCACUGAGAAGCUCUGCCUACACUGCCAGAAAAGGCCUCAUGGGGCUGCUAUUGCGCCUCUACAGUCAGCCUCUCCACUUCAAAAAAUAAGGGGGGAUUAUAUAAAUAGCAGAUUUUUUAAGAAAGUUAAUUUAUUAUGAGGGUAUGAAUGGCGUUGAUGAGAAUGUUUUUCUUCUAAAUUUAUUUGUGUAUUUUUCAGAAUAUUGUAGUGCUGCGCUGAAAGUAGCAAUAAUUUGAUGAGACUGAUGCAAUCACCAACAGGAGCUGAUUUCUAUUUGCCCUGACACUGGGUUGGCCAGUUUGAAAGGGACUGGCUCACAGGAGAUCUCACCUCAGCAAGGAAUCACACGCCCCUUGGGGAUUAGUAGUUUCUUUGGAUUAUGAAGAUAAUGUUAAGUAAACUGCCCCUGGGAAACAUAUGACAAGCUGAUCACCUUUUUAUUAAUCUGAAUUUCCUUACUUCAGAUUGAAGUAAGCAACUUCAAAUGAAGUUGGUGAAUUUGGUCUCCAUUUUUAAAGUAUUCUUUAAAAAUGUUAAUUUCUCUGAAAAUUUUUUGAUAUGUGGAAUCAUAAUGAUUUGUUAGAUUGGGUCCAAUUAUCUCACUUAUGCAGGGUAGCCAAAGGGAGAUUAUUGUUUGGACACAGCAUUGCCAUUUGAUGUCAUCAACUGCUGAGAUCAUCAACAGAGCCCACAUCUGGUUUCGAUGGUAACAGAGGAGAAAUAUGCGAAUCUGGCAUAUUGAAACCAGCUCCCUAGAAUUCCAUUAAUAAUGUGUUCACCCCUGUAAUUUCCCUGUGACUUAGAUCUUGAAGACCUUUCCAGAACAUUCUCAGACCUCAAGGAUAUUGAUAUCUUGACAGAAACAUGUUCAUUUCUGUUAAGUUACUAAUUGUUUUUGUGAUUUCUCCUAUUUGUGGAGAAACAUCCAGAAAAUCAGUCCCAAGAUGCAGGCCCAUGUUGUUCCCUGUCCUAGAACUGGGAACUGUGUCACCGUGGUCUCUGGUGUGUGAACUGGCUCCCAGCUCUGUGGAGGCGGUGAGUUUGCCUCAGCCUUUGUCCACUUCCUUUUCAAGGCAUCACAUGGCCUGGGCAGGGAGGCGGCUUCUACCCAUCAGAGUUAUAUAACCAGGGCAGCAGGAGCUCUGACAGAGGGUCCUGCCUGUGGAGCAGCCAGCUUGGGUCCCUGGGAGGUCAGAGUCCUCACAUACACACAUUUUACACAAACACAGGCCAUGAAACAGGGAGGCAGAGCAAGGCCAUACCUAUGAGAGAACUAAUGCUAAUUUACAAACCACUAGUUGUGCUGUUUAUUGCUCAGUAUAAAAGCUCUGAGACUGCUUUUUGCUCUAAAAUUACUUUUUAAACUAUAUAUGCUUAAGUUUGGAGGCUAUUGUUUUGUUUUAUUAACGUGUUAACUACAGCACACCUCUUGCGAGAUCAAAAACCCCGGUAUACUCCUGACUGCCAAGUUUAUGCAUUUACAUACCAGGCAUUGGAGAAGGAAAUUAGAAGAAAUGGGAAGUGGAUAUUCCCACGGCACUGUUAAAAUGGCCAUGGUAACACCAUUUUUUCUUUCUGUACAACUGGUCAGAUUUCAAUGAUCAAUUACUGAGGGCUUACUGUGUGACACCAGAAGAAAAGCUCUGCAGAGGCAUGGAGAUUUUGCAUGAGUGUGUGUGUUUAUGUGUGUAUACAUAUAUAUGUAUAUAGUAUAAAAUUUAUCUUUUAAAAUAUCA